AUGGAAUUAUUUGUACAACGAAGUAAAAGAGUUUCGGAAGUACAUGAACAUGGUCCUUUCGCUAAGGAGAAGAAAGCUAGAGAAGACAUCCGCGCAGCUGUCCCUUUACAUUCACUUGAUCACGUGAAAUCAUUCCUCAAAAUCGUACGAGAAGAAGAAAAUGUUAUGGGUGAAGUUCAGCAGUUGAGAUUCACCUCGAAAUUUCCACUUUACGAAUACAAGCUCAUCCAGGUUCCUAAAGAAUUGCUGAAAAAUGCGCUUGAGGGAGAAAAGUUAGAUUUCCUAUGUUAG